AGCUUCAUUUCGUCAUCGAUCAAAUACGCAUUACCACAAAAAUGCGGUCAAGUUUUCUGCUAUGAAAUUCAAGGUAUUUUACUGUAACCGAAUACACGGAAUGUCUCUUAAUUAAAAUGCUACAAAUGUGGCAAUAACAUAGUAGCGCGUAUUUGUUGAUUUCCAUGUGAGCUUUAGUUUUUUGACAAUUGUUUAUAAGAAUGUUUGUUAGUCUUUUUAUAUACUUAUUAUAAUUUGUUAAAAUAUGAUCGAACUAAAAUGACAUUGAAAACUAUUCUAAAGAAUUUUUUGAAUUAUGCCGACACUUUGGAAGCGCAGAAAAAAUUAGGCAAGGACCUUUACGAAGUAGAUUUUCAGAAAUUGAAAGCACUUACGGAAGAACUAAAACAUGACAAAGAUUAUGCAACUUCAGAAGGUCUUAAAGAAGUUAAUAGGAGGAAAAACAGAUAUAAGGACAUUUUACCUUAUGAUUACACCAGAGUUAUUCUAUCAGAAUAUCCUGGUGUUCCUGGUUCUGAUUAUAUUAAUGCAAACUAUAUUAAGGGAGCAAGUGGAUCGCUAGCUUAUAUAGCAUCACAGGGACCAUUACCUAAUACCGUUGUGGAUUUUUGGAGAAUGAUUUGGGAAUGUGAAGUUCAAGUCAUUGUAAUGGCUUGUAAUGAACAGGAAUCCGGAAAGUAUAAAUGUGAAUGUUAUUGGCCAACUGAUGAUGAAAAGAAACAAUAUGGGAACAUCAAUGUUGAAUUUGUGAAAUGGAGACAAGUAUGCCCAGAUUUUUUGGUUCGCACACUGAAAGCUUGCUGGGAAAAUGAAGAAAGAGUUAUUUGCCAAUUUCAUUACACUACUUGGCCAGAUCAUGGAGUGCCAAAUUCAGUUCAGCCUAUAUUAGAGCUUGUACGACUGAUACGAGACUGUCAGGCAUCUGAAGCUGUGCCUGUAUUAAUACAUUGCAGUGCUGGCUGUGGUCGUACUGGGACAAUUUGUGCUAUUGAUUAUGUAUGGGGUUUAAUGCGAAUGGGAAAAUUGACUAAAAACUUCAACCUUUUUAAUGUCAUUGCUGAUAUGCGGCGACAAAGAAUUGCAAUGGUACAAACAAAGGAACAGUAUGUUUUGGUUCACAAAGCAGUAUCAUCAUUAUUUGAGCAACAGCUAAGAGUUAUAGAUAGUCAUACUUAUGAGAAUUUAGAUGAAGAUGGAGAGCCCUUAAUAUUAAAAGAAUUGCACAAAGAAGAAGAUAUUUAUGAAGAUAUAAUGAAUCCUCCACUGGAUGAUGAUGAUGAUGAUAGCUAUACUAUAUUAGAUAAUAGCUUUACUUUAUUAGAAGAAAAGCCAGCUGAAAUGAAGAAACAAUCUUUGAAAUCUCACCAUGAAAGUUCAUAUGAAGAUAAAGAUUCCUGUCACUUGGCUUCUAAAAAAGAAUCGUAUUUGGAAUUUUUAUCCCAUACCAAGAAAACACCUCAUAGUGAAAUGAGAAAGGACAAUAGCUCUGUUGAUGCAAAAAUAUCUUCUGAAGCGUAUAAAUUAAGUCAAUUAGAAAGUGAUAGAAUGGAGCAGAGUAAUAAGGAUGCGGAUAGUGACGAUUUAUCAUAUACUAAAAAUUCUAGAACUCUUCAAAAGUUGUGCAGAGAAGAAAGUGUAAAAAGGCUUAUAUCUGGUUGGAAUAAGGCAGCUGAGCAAACUAGUGAUAUAAAAGCUGCAGGGAAAGAAAAUAUAAAUGAAAGUCACAAUUUUAAAUCCCCUGUAUCAAAAAAGUGCCCUGAAAAUUUUUCAUCUGAGCAAAAGGCAUUCCAGUAUGUUGACAGCACAACUUUAGAACAAACACUGAAUCAAAAAGAAAAAAUUCCUUAUGUUUCAGAUUCGAAAACUGAUGAUCAAAAAGAAGAAGAAUCUCCCAAAACUAGUUCGCCUGAAGAUAUGCGAGCUGGGAAACUUGUUGGAAAAGCAACAGUUAUACGAAGACCAAGUAUUGCAAAAUUAAAAGCUCUUUUUGAAAAAUCUUCUCAAGGUAAUGUUGAAUCUUCAGACUCUAAUAGACAAAGGAGAACACUUUUUCGUAGCCACAGCCAUUAUGUUAGUCAAUCUAGUCGUGCUUUUACUGUUUCUGAUCAACCCACUAAUUCCAAUCAAAGUACUGAAUCUUCAUAUAGUACAAGUAGAGAUGAAAAUUUAGUUAAUAGAGAUGUUGCAGAACGCAAAAUUUAUUUUGAACGAAAUAAAUCUAGUGCUGUACAGAUUUCUAAUAAUUCCUCGAUACAUGAAAAAUCUAGUGAAAAUUUAAGAUUAGGUUAUAGUCCAGAUGUAAUAGAAAAUAAACAAAGGUUACCUGAAAAAACUGGUAGCUCUUUUGACACUAACAGAAAUAAUGGAUUUCAAACUGGUAGCAGUAAUAGCAUUCCAAAUGAAUCUACAUCCUUCAAUUCUGAAUCUUAUCAUAAUUUUGAUGGAGGUGAAAAUGCUUCUAGAACAUUAAGAAAAUCUGACCAAAAGAAAGAAAAAGCCCCAGAACUUCCUGUAAAGAAAAAGCUUCCUAUACCUCCUUCACAAUCUGAACUUACUGAUAAAGGUGUUCCUGAGAAUACUGUGCCAAGAUUCCAAAUUAAUAUGGGUAAAAAUAACCAAGCAUAUUUUGAAGUUAUCAAUAAAAACAAUAACCCAUCUCCAAAGGAUGUUGAUUUUAACAAAAGCCGGCAUCAAACUGAAACAUUGCAUAAAAGCACACUAAUGUCAAAAAGUCUGUUUUCUAAUAGCCAAGAUAGUAAUUCUGAAGAAUCUAUUAGAGAAUAUCGAAGACAUUCCCAAGAAAUUGAAAAGAAAGUAUUACAUAAAAAUCAGUCUUUUUCAGAUCCAGAGCAAGGUAGUGCUCGAAAUCUUGAAAUGAACAAACAGGCACUGAAACCAAAAUCAAGUCUUACUGAUCAAACUUAUCCAAAAUUUUCUUAUUCUUCUGGCAAAACUGCUUCAGAUGAUAAACUUCCCUUUGCCUAUGAAUCUACAUAUAUGAAUGUUAAUUCUCUUGCUCAAAAAAAUAUACGACAAAUUGAAGAUAAAUUAAAGAAUCAUCCUCGUGGAGCAAUUAUUGAUUUAACUUCCAGGAAAUCUUAUGUUGAUGAAAUGUCUUUAAGUACUGAAAAGCAUUUUGUUUUUCGCAAUACCUCGCAACCUGUUAAAAUUUUACAAUCUCAAGAGUCUCGUGAUCUUACUCCACAAGAAAAAAUAAAUGUUAACCGGACUGACAAUUCAACAAAACAAAAUUCGAAGACUGCUGAAUCUAAAAGUGAUAAUGUAAAGAAUGAAUCUGAUCCUACAAAUUCUAAAAAUUUGCUUCUGCAUAGUCCACCUCCCAAGUCGAAGCGAAGUCAUUUAUCGAAAACCGCCUCCAAAUCUCCCAUAUCACCAUCCACUACUGCAACCUCUUCUACCAUUGAUACUGCAUCAAAUAGCAACACAAUUUCCUCUAGUCAAUCAGGACAAAGUAAACAAGUGAAUACUAAAACACUGCAAGCUGCUAACUUUUCUCUUGUUAGUUCUCCUCCCAAUUUAAAUGUAGCAACAGCAACUUCUAAUACAAGUACAAGUACUGCAGUUGAUCGAUCAGACCCCAGGUAUUUUCCAGUGAAUAGACAAACUGCUUCUGAUGCCAGGUAUGAGUCUGAAAAACAUAAGGCAUUAACAAGGGAAAGAGAAAGACUUGCUAGCUCUCAUCCUGGUAGUAAUAUAUAUGAAACACUGUACUCAGCGAAAGCCAAUAUGCCAGUUUAUCAAAAAUUACCUGCUGCUUAUGAAAAGUCCAAACCAGAAAAUUAUGACAGAAUGAAUUCAAAAAUAUUUCCUAAAGACUCAAAGUAUAAUCAAGAGAAUUCCAAAUCCUCUUCUGAUAAUGAACCUUUAUACGGUUUGCAACGGUCCACAUCUGGGCCUCAAAUUUUGCCAUCUGGGCCAGAUGCUGGACAGAAAGGCCCAGAUCCAAAUAAAUCUUUGCAAGAACUUGGUAAAUCACCACAUUUUGAUCAGAAUUCUUCGUAUCGACAUUCCAGUGGGCAGCAAGGUUGUUUCCCUCCAGGUCCACCCAAGCCUCCGAGAACUUUUCAUUAUGACCAAGAAAGAGGUCCACCUUCUUCUGAAGCCUAUAAAACAGAACAAAGUGUUAACAGAGAUGGUGGUCGCUAUAUUGUUACUGUUGCAUCUCCUAAGCAUUCCAACCAAUAUGUGACAUCACCAAGAAGUGGUCCAAAUGUUGAGUAUAGAUAUGCAGAUGGGCGAAUACCUGAUCAUUCUAAUGUAAAUCCUCAUCAUCAAUAUGCUUAUGUUCCUCAGCCUGUAAAUGAAGUACAUAUGUCUAGGUCGUAUCCAUUUACAAAUUAUGAUAAUCUGUACUCUCAUCCAAGACCGUAUGGUAAACAGUUUUAUCCAGAAUCUGUUGCCUAUCGUAAUGUUCAGCCUGUAACUCGUGUAAAUACUAAUAUAUACAGUACUGUUAAAGAACAACCAAGACACACACAACAGCAGCAACAUGAUAUUUAUGGGACUGUAAAGCACAGAAAUACAUUUGCAGAUUAUGAGAAUGUGUAUGAUGCACAAAUUGAUUAUCUGCGAGCCAUGUCCAACCCACAUGCCAGAAGUGAUUAUCAGACUCAUCAUCAAAGUACAAUGCCAAAUUCUAUACAGGAUCUGCAAUAUUCCCAGUCAGAUGCAAAUGUUUAUGGAGUUAUGCAAGCUCCACCCAAACACAGUAGAAGUAAAAGUGCUCAUUUGCCAGGAAAGACAGAUUAUCAAAAUACUGAUGAAAAUGUAGGAAAUGUUUCUUCUCCUAAAAGAGUGUAUUUUGACACCCUUCAAAGAAAGCACAAACAACAUGUUUCCUGGGAGCAAAGACGUUCCCAUGAUGAUAUGGAUAUUCGUCCUGCUCCAUCUGCUCGUUUGAGAGAGCAAAUUCAUGCAAGACGGAGUAUGGUGGAACUGGAUAACUUAGAAAUCAGUGUUGCAUCUGAUGAUGGAUAUUCUGAAAAGAACAUUUCUGAAGGGUCCAUAUCAUCUCCAGAGCCAUUGAACAAAAUGUCUGGUACAAAAAAUGAGCGUUAUGCUGAAGCAGCAGCUGGUAGAUCUUCUGAAAAUACAAAAGAGCUUCAUCAUAAAAAAGGUUGUUCACAUAAUAAAGAACCUACAAGUUUUGGUGAAACUUUGUCAAAGGCAUUUGGAAGGCUAACGUCAUUGACAAAGUUCAACGUAAAAGAUGCACAGCCAAGUAAUGUUAAUAUAGCUGAAAGCGGAAAUAACCCCAAAGCUUCAAAACCGAAAGAUAAAGACAAGCACCAAAAUUUCACUCUUCAGUCUCCUGCUGAUUCAAAAGAAUCUCCAUCAGAACAGUGGACUCAGGUUUAAUGUGUCCUGUGCAGCUUUUACUUAUGUUGUUAAUUUUUGAAAUUGCUCAAAUAGUUAUUGUUUGAAUUUUGUUUUCUUUUAUACUUAACAGUACGAUUCUUUUAAAUCCUUCUGAACUUACCUAUGUUAUUGAACCAUGUUUAAUGUGAAUUUGGUGUAUACGAAUCAUCUGUUUUCCAUUGUUUAUAAAUUUUAAUAUUUUUUAAAAUUGAUUACAUUUUUUUACAGUUUUUGUAAUUUUAUGUGUUUGGUUUUUUAAAUCGGGAUGCUUGCUUUGUUUUAUUCUUGUAUUGGUGCUACAUGAUAUGCAUCUGAAGUGCAUGUGGGGAAAGAAAUGAUUGCUCAAAUGCUGCUCAAAAUUAAGCAUAAUUUUAUUUGUGCGGUUUAUUUUAUAUAAAUCUUUGAGGGAAAAUUUUUUAAGUGCUUUAGAAUUUUUACACUGAAGUAUUUUGCAACUGUGAACUAAUCUUUGAGCAAAUCAAAUCUUGUUAUUUAUUUUCUAUACUUAAAAAUUCUUUUUUUAAAACACUUUUAUUUAGUAGACAUUGUUGAUGUUUUUAACUAAUAUUUUGUCAAUAUUAUAACAUUCUUAGUAUCAUUUAAAAUGAAAACAUUCCAUUUUUCAUCUUUUUUUCCCCCUCUGCAAUAUUUUGUUGCCAUUUUUUUUCAACAGUUUCAAGAUCAGUCUUUGAUAUUAUUGCAUUCAGUUAUUCGUGUUUGAAACACAUUUGUUAACUUUUCUUAAAAAUAUUUUUGCCAAUGUAUCAUUGGCUUUUCAAGUUUUCAGUUAGUGGACAGCUUUGUUUAAAGAGCUUUUAUUUUGUACAAACUAUAACAAGGCUUUCGGAUGUUCCACAAUUUUUCUAACUCUCAUUCAUAUUGAUAAAUUUUUGGACUAUGAAAUUCAUUCGUAUGAUAUAAUGGUAUAUAGGUCCCAAGUUGCCUUUUACCAUAUUGGAAAUGUUCUGUUUCAUAGCAGAAAUUUAUUCUCAUCUCUAGAAUGAAGUACUGGGCAUUAUAGUAUAAUAUUGAUGGCUUUAAUAUUAACUUAUCAAAUAGUUUUAAUUAUCAUUGUUUUAAAAAAACAUGGUUUCCUGAAUGAAUAAUGACUGGUGUAAUACAUUAUCAUUCUAAAAUAUAAAUGCUCCAUCAUUUUUCUUUCUUUCUUUUUUUUUUGUUUGUUAUUGUUUCAUUUUUUUAUAUUAACAAUGAUGAUUAAAUUAAGACAUUCCUUGAAAAAAUAUUUAAGGAUCACAAAUAGAAAAUAAUAAUGAGAAGUAGAAAGGAUUAAAAUUAUAUUUUAUAAAAAAAAUUUCUGAAUUUGUUUGAAGAAUUUGUAUGUGAAUAUGAAAUGAAAAAGAAAAUCUAUAUUCAAUUAACUGUCAAAUUAUUAUUAUUUUUUGACUGUGCAGAUUUUUCUUUUUAAAACAAGACUUGGUGAUGUACUUCUGAAAGCCAAGUGAGUUUUGAAAGUAAUUUUGUAAAUUUAGCAUGCAUUGAGGUUUAAGGCAUGACAUUUUCAUGCUCAGUGUUACUAUAUUUGUGUUAUUGUUGUCUAGUAAUCUAGGUCACAUUAUAUUGUAGCUAGUGUAUAUUUAAUUUUCUGUUUAUCUAUAUGUGCAUUUCUCUUUCUGUUGAUCUUUUUCAUUCCUAUCUAAUGAAUUAUUUGCAUGUACAAUUUUUUAUUUUAAUGAUUCUUGAAAUGUCAUAUUGAAUUCUGUUUAAAAUUAAACUACAUACAUUAUUUUUAAUUUUUUAAUUAUUUUUAUUUUUAUUUUUGCUAUUUAUUAAAGAAAUUUAAUAAUUAUCUUUUACUGCUAAUUUCAACUGCUGAAUUUUUUUCAUCUUUUUAAAUGCAGAGGGUAUACAUAUUAUGCUUAAGCCAUGAAAUUUCCUUAUGUUUUAUUUGCUACAUGAUGAAGUUAAAUUCGUCUUCUAUGUAUGUAGGAAAAAUAUGGUUUUGAUCCUAGUGAAUGAUUAGUUUUAAAUAUGUAACGAUAAUGGUAUUAAAAUUUAUUUUUUAUACACUACUUUCUCACUAAUGUAUUAAAAAUACUGCUUUUCUUACUUUUAUUUGCUUGAUAACUGUAUAUUUUUCUAAAAUUUGAUUCAUUUUGAUUUAAAAUUCUGUAAAUAAUUCAUUUAGUUGUAAAUUUUUUAAAGGUUAUUUUAAUACCUUUAUUUUUUCAGUAUUAAAAGCAAUUCCUACUUUUCAUUUUUAAGAUUUUUUUUUUGUACUUAAUGUAGAGUAUCUGAAAAAAUGUAUCAGUGAAUGUAAAAUAUAGAGUUAUGUGUUAAUGUAUGUAAUUUUUUUUAAACCAUAAUUGUUGGAAGGCUUCUUUAUGUAAUUUUUACAAAUGGCCACAAAUGUAUUCUCCUUUUAGCUGUUUUGAAAAAGACAAUGCUUUGUGUUAUAAGAUGCUGUUGUUGUAGCUGUAAAAACUUGGUGCUACCCAUGUGAAUAUACAUAUUGAAGUAGCUGUAAAUAUGAAGUUUUGGCUUUGUAUAAAAUAAGUAAUUGUUACUUCAAUUGUAAAGCUUGAUUACUUAAUUCUUAUAAAUAUUUGUGUGUGAAAAUUGUUAAAUUAUUUGUAUAUUGUGAACAUGAACUAGCGGACUGUUUUCAUAAUGUAUAUGUUUAAAUCUUUAUUCCUAAUUCACUGUUGAAUACAUUCCUAAGAUAAUAUAUAUACAUAUAUAUAUAGCUGUCUUGUAUAAUUCUAAUGUUUAUAGAAAUAAAUAUUGUACAUAUAUAGCAUUACUGCAAAAAGUAUACAUAAAUUUUUCGAGCUUAUUAUUUUGCCACAUUUGUCUUUUAUUAUUAGAAGUGGUUUUUGUUGAGAUUAUUUUAUAGUGUACUGUGAUAAAAUACUUAAAUAUACAUAAGUUGCUUUUACUACAUUUUUUAUAUCUUUUUGUUUCCACUAUGUUUGGCAUUUAUUUUUAUAUCUACUGGUUCCUUUAAUUUCUUUUUUAUAAAUUGAAGCGAUUAAUUUACUGAACUGUUUGUUCUGUUGAUUUGUUUUAUGCAUUAUUUUUUUUUAUUCACACAUAGACAUUGUUAUAAAAUUUAUCUAA